AUGUUUGGUUUGCUACGUGGUGAAUCUGUUACAUCGAAAAGUGGUUUUAUCAAAUGUAUUAGAGAAAGUUUUGAGUGGAUGGAAGAUUAUUGUGAAUAUAAAUUGCGUGAUGAUGAAGGAACAUUUCAUACAACAUGUAUAGAAGAUUUAACUCCUGCUAAAUUAUUAGUCGAUCUACGUCUAUCAUCAAAAUUUUUAUCAUCGGACGAGGAUGGUCCGCUAACUGCUAUUGAUUUUUAUAAACCAAAAUCAGAAAAAGCUGAAGAGCGUCAUCCUUUUAUAAUAAAUUGUUUGAA